AUGGGCACCGUUCACGGCGGUUGCAUCUCGACCGUAUUCGAUGCAUGUACCAGUGUGGCAUUGGUGGGUAGGUAUAGUGGGGAGAAAUGGGGGGGUGGAGGUGUUAGUAGGGGGUUGGGAGUUACGUUUUUAAAGGGGAUUGUUGUUAAGAAAGGGAAGGAGGAGGGAGAGGGAAAGGGGAAGGGAAAAGGGGAGGGAGGAGGAGAGGGAAAGGGGGAAGGAGAGGAAGAGGGAGAAAAUGAUGUUUUGGUGGAGUGUGAGGUUGUGGGGGGAGUGGGGAGGAGAAAUGUGGUUUUGAGGGGAACAAUGAAACGACGAAAUGGAGAGGUACUGGCUAUUUGUGAACAUAGUAAGGUUAAUAUUGAGGGUGUGGAUUUGCCAGUUGUGGGAAAGGGGGAGAAGAAUGAGGGGAAGAAUGAGGGAAAGGAGUCGAAGUUGUGA